GUGUUGUACCUGUGUUAGAAUCUGUACAGUGAAGUUGAGACCAACAUAACUUUUUGCUUGUACGAAAAGUUAUGUAACGUACGUGCAUUCGUUAUACAGUGACAUGAACAACAAUACGAUUAUCGAAGUGCAAACUUUUCAAAGAAACGUUAAUCAACUUCUUAAAAUAAACGCGACGGAAGAAUUAACCCAACACUUUAUGCGACGUACAAACACAACCUGCCGGAGAUAAAAACCAUAGAGCCUACCCAAAGAGUUUUAAGAAACUUUUUUUGAAUUGAGUCUAUUUGCCAAAAUUCUGGCGUAUUCGUUCGUUUGGAGUUUUAUAUGAACAAAAAGUAGGAAAUGCAUAAAUGUAUGUAUAUAUAUAUAUAUCCAUAUAUACAGCAGGGUAUGGGAAGAUGGGACACCUUUCUAUUCCAUUUUUCCCCAUUUGGUAUAGUAAACAUUAAGAGAAACAUUCAAGGAAUUAUGAAAUCGUGCCCUUACAACUUUCAUAAACCGUUGUUGGAUAUUAUGGUGUGCCUUACAGAACUAUAAUAUUUGAAUUGGAAAGACAUGUGACGUAACUCUGAGGUGGCUCAAUUUCCGGGUAAGUGGCGGACAUAAUAUAGUUAUGUAUAAAAUGGCUAUAUUCCGUCAUUCACUUUCACAUUAUUCAGUGCAAGCAGUACGUAUAGGUAACGGAGAUUGUCUUUACUUUCAAAUCAUGGAGCUUCUACUACGAUUAUUCUUACUCAGCUACUUCUGGACUUUUGUUACAUCAAGCUCGGCACAACGACCGACAGUGUACAACGGAACAUAUGAAGUAACUUCUCAAUCAAAGACUUCCAGCAGCUUCAUGAACUUUGCUUACAGGCUCUGUCUAAAUUCGGUACCAGCGCAUGUUUACGCAACAGCGAAACCAUGCAGUAUUAGUAAGUCACAUGAGUUCAAAGUUACUGUGCUUCAAAUUCUUAGGGGUAAUGUGGUGGUAAUGGUUACGCGAACUGACCAGGCAUCAGGUUGGGAUGCUUUGGACUUAAUAAUAACAUGGACGUUGUAUAUUGGUAAUGGCACUGGAUAUGAACAACACUUCAUAUGGCUGCCUUAUACUACUGGUAAUUACGCAUGGAAUAAACAAGUGACGUCCGAUUUUUGCAAAUCUUUGGAUGGCAAGCUUGUUGACAUCGAAAACAAAGCAAUGUAUGACGUAGUAUACAAAUACAUGGAAUCUUCUUUUACGUCCAGUUUUGACAACGUCCAAUCCUGGCUUGCAAUGACUUAUGACAGGAACGUUACGAUCACCCAAAGCAACGGACAACCUGGUUAUAAUGGUGAUUGGUUGGCGCUAGGAGGAUAUCCUAAGGCUGGUUACGCUUCGUGGACAAGUGUUGGCAUCAGGGUAGGAAUACAACCUCAUACACUCGGAAACGGCGGUAUGUGGACUUGGUACGCUAUGAGUUCAGCCGACCGGCUCGCACCUUUGUGUGCCUACAACGCAGCACAUUGAUUUAAAACACAUUACAUUAGCUAUAACCAACAGAACUCAACUGCUUAGUUUCCGUAUGUUUGUGUUCAUUGCUCUGUCCAAAUAUUACGAGGAACAGCCAAGACAUUACGUUGUACUGAAUAUUAAUGAGUCCAGCACACACAGCACACCACGCCUCAGAUAUUUAACUGUAUAUCCAUCGCAAUUCAAUACUUCGUAUAUAUUCAGUAUUUUAUUUUCUCCAUAAUAACCACAUGCAUUUUGUGUGAUUUAACACGAACAUUGUAUAUAAAGUUAUUAAACAAAGUAUUGCAUUG